AUGGCUGAAGUUAAUAGUACUUUUGUCACUGAAUUUAUCCUCAAGGGAAUUACAGGCCGACCAGAGCUUCAGGCCCCAUGCUUUGUGGUGUUUCUGCUCAUCUAUCUGGUCACAGUGCUGGGCAACCUUGGGUUGAUAAUCUUAAUCAGAAUGGAUACUCGACUCCACAUGCCUAUGUACUAUUUCCUCAGUCACUUGGCCUUUGUUGACCUUUGCUACUCCUCUGCUAUCACACCAAAGAUGAUGGUGAGUUUUGUUGUGGAACACAACACCAUUCCUUUCCAUGCUUGUGCAACACAACUGGGCUGUUUUCUCACCUUCAUGAUCACAGAGUGCUUCCUCUUAGCUUCCAUGGCCUAUGAUCGCUAUGCAGCCAUCUGCAGUCCCCUGCGUUAUUCCACACUGAUGUCAAGAAGAGUCUGCAUUCACUUAGUAGCAGUUCCAUACAUAUACAGCUUUCUGGUUGCCCUAUUCCAUACCAUUAUCACCUUCCAUCUAACUUACUGUGGCCCCAAUGUCAUUAACCAUUUCUACUGUGACGACCUCCCUCUCUUGGCCCUGUCGUGCUCAGACACACGCAUGAAGGAAAUUCUGAUCUUCGCCUUUGCUGGUUUUGAUAUGAUCUGUUCCUCUUCCAUUGUCCUCACCUCCUACCUCUUCAUCAUUGCCGCCAUCCUAAGGAUCCGCUCUCCCCAGGGGCGACACAAGGCCAUGUCUACCUGUGGCUCCCACAUGGUGGCUGUUACUAUUUUCUAUGGCACGUUGAUCUUUAUGUACCUGCAGCCCAAAUCGAACCACUCCCUGGACACAGACAAAAUGGCCUCUGUGUUUUACACAGUGGUGGUCCCCAUGUUGAACCCACUAAUCUACAGUCUGAGAAACAAAGAGGUGAAAGAUGCCUCCCAGAGAGCCUUGGAAAAAGGGUGUGAAACUUUAAAGAUGUUGAAAUUAAGAAAAUAA